AUGGUUUUAGCUAAUGUAGAAAAUAUUUUAAUCAGGGGUCAGUAUGUUUCUCAACAAUCUGAAACAAACAUAUAA